AUGGAGUCCGAUACCGGACAAUUAAAGGGCCGUCCGCCCGAUAAAAAUCCUCUGACAUGUUCGGAAAUUGGCGUGACUGUUGCAAAUGCAAUGAAUGUGUACUAUGUCGGAAAUGAAAAUAAUACAGAUUUACGUAAUUCAAAUAAUGAGGAGAGCAUAAUAAGAAGUGAACAUAUUCCAAUGCAAAUUAAUAGUGCUGAAACGGUGAUUGAAAAGUCAAUUCGAAUCGAAGAUUCGAUUAAUAUGGAUAAUGUGUGUGACAGAAGCAAUGAAGCACAAAAUAUUGCAAUGACUGAGCAAGUACCUAGUGAUGAGAAUUCUAAUCGAAUUAACGUUGAUGAAAUUCAUCUACCGAAUCGUUUUGAUAUGUGCGAUACUGGACCUUUUUACAUUUACGUAGAAUCUUUAAGUAAAAACAUUGGACGUUUACACCCAAUGGCUCUCGGAAAAUUACUACACAGAUCACGAUCGAUUCCGAAAGAAGAUUUGUUGGAGAUUAUCGUGAUUGGUAACAAUAAAGUCAAACUAGUUCUUAGGAACGGUAAAACAGCUAAUAGCCUUCUUGACGAUAGUUUUUUUACUGAUAAUAAAUUGAAAGCUUACAUCCCUAAAUACCUAUUAAUUAGGGAAGCAAAAAAAAUCUUUGAUAACGAUAAAUACUCGAGAACAGUUAGAGUCAACCUUAGCAGCUUGAAUAAAGAUAAAGAUUUCCCUCCAAUGAAAAUCAAGAACUCUAACCAGAGUGGGGCUUUAAUAAACAAUAAAUUCAUGGUUCUAUCGGACCUGGAAGAGGAGGAAGACCAAGGUAAUAUUGCAAACUUCCAGACAUUUAAUAAACCUAAAAGGAUUCAUGUUCCACCCUCAACCAAGAGAGAAAAGAAUGGGGCUGUAAUCGGACAUAGCAUAAAACCUGUUUAUAAAGAAAAUAUGGCUGACAAGGGAAAUUUUAUAAACCCUAGAAAAAGACUAAAAAACAAAUCAGACUCUGAUUCUGAAAAUGAAGUGAGGAAUAACAAUAGGAAAAGUGAAGAUCCUAACACAUCAGGUGGCCUAUAUCAUUUCAUUAGGCUGCUAAAGGACGUCUAUAAUCCAAAUGAUCCCGUAUUGAAAAAUUUAUCAAUGUUAGCAAACAAGAGUAGUAUAGAACAUUAUAUGUGGUCUCAUAAAAUUCAUGUGGCAGGUCUGUCUGAAACCUGGCUUAAAGAAGGUCACAAAUAUUUUGUCAAAGGUUAUCGGAUUUUCCGAGAAGACAGAGUUGACGGUUAUGGCGGUACUGCCAUUCUAGUCAAAGACAACAUAUUAUGCGAGAAAAUUAACCACCCAUUUCAGUGCCAUCUUAUCCAAAUGUGUGCAGUGAUUUUAAAAUUAGAAAACCCGGUAUGUGUUAUUUCAAUCUAUUGUGCGCCGAACUCUAAGGAAAAUUUCAAGAACAUUAAAGAUUUAAUUGAAACUAUCUCCAUGCCAAUACUCAUAAUAGGGGAUUUUAACUGCAAAAAUUUAGCUUGGGGUAGUGCCUCCAUUGACAGAGGAGGCGAGAUUCUAUACAACAUAAUUGAAGACCUAAACCUCACCAUAAUGAAUGAUGAAAGACCAACCACUAUCGGCACGGCAAGUAGGAAAGGUACGCCAAUAGAUCUUACUUUUUGUUCCAAUAAUCUAUAUGACAAAAUCCAGUGGGACAUUUAUGCGGGCAGCUUAGGAUCUGACCAUUUGCCAAUUAACAUUACAUUUAAAACUAACUUUGAUGUAAAAGAUUAUAUAUAUCCCUCCAGAAAAUGGAAUACCAAAGAGGCCAAUUGGAAGAAUUACGCAUGGGAAAUAGAAGAUAAGUUGAAAAAAGUGGUACUCCAUGAGGAUCAUAAGUCAAAAUAUGAUGCCAUUAUCGAGAUCAUAAACGAAGCAGCUGGUAAACACUUCAAGGAACGUAAAACAGUGGCAAUUAAGCAAUUUAAACCCGCUAUCUGGUGGGACGAAGAAUGUGAAAACCAGAUCAGAAACUCAUCUAAGCCUCCAGUCGCUAGCUCAUUCUUCGAAGACAUGCUAAAAAUGUUCGUUCCAGACUUGGUCUCCAAUGAAAUCAAUCUGAAUUUUGCAAAUAAUCUCGGAAGAGAUCCCGAUGACUUAAUUUCUCCUAUCAGACUAUAUGAAUUUGAUAAAAUAUUAAAAAAUAAAAAAGACAGCGUGCCAGGAAUGAAUAAUAUCUCAUACAUUAUGUUAAAGAAGAGCCCCAUAGCAUUAAAAUGUCUAAUCAUAGAGGUAUUCAAUUCAAUUCUUUCUACAUGCUGGAUUCCAGAGGAUUGGAAAAAAAUUAUAAUUAUUCCCAUCUUGAAACCGAAUAAAGACCCUUUGAAGAUAGAAUCCUAUCGACCAAUUUCAUUAUUAUCUUGUUUGAAUAAGACAUUUGAAGCCAUCAUCAAGAAUAGAUUGGAAUGGUAUAUAGAAAACAAGUCUCUCUUCAAUCAAAACCAAUUUGGAUUUAGACGAGGUCAAGGCACAAGUGAUCUGUUAAGUACCUUAUCUAAUGACAUUCAUAUAUCUAAUUCGAAUAAUAGAUUCCUCCUAUUAUUAGCGACGGAUAUACAUAAGGCUUACGAUAAUGUUGAUCAUGGCAUUUUACUGAACAAACUUAAGAAAUUGAACAUUCCUUCUAAUAUUAUGAAAGUGAUAAUUCUUCUACUAACCAAUAGGUUGCUAUAUGUAAAAAAUAAAAAUAAAUUAACAGGUCCCAGAGUAGCUCUUACAGGCUUACCACAAGGUUCUAUAUUGAGUCCGUUAUUAUUUAAUAUUUAUAUGUCGGACUUUACUGAAGUUACCCAAGACGAUGUUAAGAAACUACAAUAUGCUGAUGAUUUAUUUUUAUACAUUUCUUGCAACACACUUGAGGAAUGCAUUCACAAAAUGAAGUCGUCGAUCACAGGUGUCUCAGAAUGGAUGAGGUCCAACCACCUGAACCUUUCCUUGGUCAAAACAAAGGGUAUUUUGUUCACCAGGCAUAGAAAAUUCCUUUACCCUCAAGAAAUCAAUAUGGGGAAUUGGAUCUGUAAAAUAUACGAUAGUGUGAAAAUUUUAGGGGUUACCUUUGAUAAAAAGAUGACCUUCCGGGUGCACGUUGAAGAGGUGAUCAAAAAAUGUGAAACAGGUAAGAAUAUCAUUAGAAGAUUGGUUGGAACUGACUGGGGAGCCCACCCAAGUUCAUGUUUAGCUAUCUACAAAUCCAUAAUUAGAUCACAUAUUGAUUAUGGAUACUUCAUUUAUGGAGGAAUCUCAACCAAUAUACAAGGAUUACUAGAUAAAGCUCAACUUUCGGCUUUAAGACUGUGCUUGGGAGCUAUGAGGUCAACGCCUCGCAUUGCCAUUUUAGCGGAAGCCGGGGAAGCCCCAUUAAACAUUAGGAAACGAAUACUAACUAAUAGAUUUCUAAUUAAAAAAUUCAACUCGGAUUCUGAACGAAUCCCGAAACAAUUGGAACAUUUAGCUGUUUUACAUUUUAGGGUAAACUAUUGGAAAAAUAGACCGACACCUCCAUUAAUAACUGGAUUUUAUAAUUUGAAACCUCUAGAAGAUCGAAUAAUUACAAAUAACAAACUACCAUAUCAUAGUCAUUCUUGGAAUUACUCAUUUCCUAAGAAAUAUAUAGUCUUGAAUGAUUUUAAUUAUAUGACUCAUCAUUCCAAUAAAAGUAUAAUAAACAGGGAGUUUGAGAAUUGGUUAGACACGAAAUGGAAAGAUUUCACUGUUAUCUACACUGACGGUUCCAAGUUAGAAAAUAAAGUGGGGUGUGCUGUCUAUGUACCUAAUAGAGAGAAAAAUUUACAAUUUAAUUUACCGGAUUUUGCCUCAGUCUUUUCGGCAGAACUUACAGGUAUCAAUGCUGCUUUAGACUUUGUUAUACAAGAAAAGAUUCCAAAAACCUUAAUCCUAACAGAUAGUAAAUCCGCACUUCUGGCUCUAAACCAUCCUAAAGAAAAUUGCAAUGAUUUAAUUUUUGACACCAUCCAUAAAAUAGAAAGCGUCUUAGAAAAUAAAAACACGAUUAAAUUAGUAUGGAUAAAAGGGCACUCCAAUAUUCAUGGAAACGAAUAUGUGGAUGGUCUUGCAAAAGAAGCCUGUUUAUUAAAUUUUCCUUCAAGAAAGGCUCCUGCGUCUGACCUAAAAAGCUGGUUGACGCCUAUCGGAACGACCAUUUUCCAAGGUAUCUUAGCCAAAGAUGCUGACGCCGGUGUCAAUGGGCUGGUGGAAUAUUUCAUCGAAAUGGGCGAUGGAAGCGGUUUGGGCCCUGAUUCUGGUGUCGGAAACACUAGAAUUACAUCAGCUGAUGGAUAUGGCUACUUUUCUAUCAAUUUGCCUCAUCAAGGACAAGUAACGGUUAACAGGACCCUGGACUAUGAGCGGACUCAACGAUACCUUCUUACUUUGGUCGCAUCGGAUCGUGCAAGAAAUGCUAGUGAACGUAUGACUGCCACAACCACUCUUACGAUUAACAUACAAGAUGCGGACGAUCAGGAUCCAUCCUUUAUUUACCAGGGUUGUGUAUUACUGGACGGUGCUUGUAUUAACCCCGAAUAUACUGCCACGGUCUCGAGCGGAGUUUUAUCUGGAAUUCUUCUGAUAUCACCUGAGAAAAUCCAGGCGGUGGAUAUGGACACACUUCAAGCCCCCAUUCGAUAUUCUUUUUUGAGUGGAACACCUGCUGAUUGGGGCGAAUAUUUUGAAAUACACCCGAACACAGGAGCUGUGCGUCAAAUCAAGGCUAUUGACACAGUUGAACCCAAGAGAUAUGAAUUGAUCGUGAAGGCGCAGGAAGUGUCAGAAGCACAAAGGUUUGCGACGGCUAAAUUAGCGAUAGAGGUAAAACCAGUAGACGCGAACCCACCUGUAAUUAACGCGACCGCCGUCGAAGGAUACGUUAAUGAAAAUGCUCCCGUCGGAACCAAGGUUGUCGAUGAAAAUGGAGAUCCCGUUACACUCACUGUCACAGAUGAAGACCUGGGACCUGACAAUCCUAAGCCCAUGUACACAUUCGAGUUAACAACACCAUUUUUCGAAAUCGACAAGAACGGUGUUCUUGUGGUAAAUGAAGAAAAUCUAGAUCGCGAUCCUCCAAGUCCCGGAAACUUCAAAUUUCAGGUAGUUGCGAGAGAAACCUUUGGAAAUGCAGCUAGUGCACCAUUAUCGUUGUCGGUUAAUUUAAUUGAUGUAAAUGAUAAUGCUCCAAAACUUCCAAUGCUAGCUCCGAUCUCGAUUCCAGCUGGUGAAAGUAAACGUGAAGUUGCCCAGAUUAAAGCAACUGAUAAUGAUAUAGGAGAAAACGCUAUAGUUACAUACAGCAUCUACCAUGUAUCCAAUAAUGGUGCAAACAAGUUUAAAAUAGAUCCCGAUACAGGAAUUAUAGAGACUACGGGAAAAUUAAGUGCUGGUGAGCAAUAUAGCAUAACAGUACAGGCAUCUGAUCGAGGUGGUCUGCACAGUCAGUCGAUUGUGGAAGUGUCUGUGGCUCCUGGACCAAACACCAGGCCGCCCGUAUUUACCAGGCCUGUGUGGGAGGUGCAGGUUAGCGAAGGCGCUGAAAUUAUGUCCACAGUCACCACGAUAACGGCAAAGGAUCCUGAAGAUGAUCCAGUAGCAUAUUCCAUUAUAUCCGGAAAUGAUCUUAGACAAUUUUCUAUUGGUUCAAAUUCUGGAGUCAUUACCGUAAUAAGAAAGCUCGACAGGGAAGAUCUGACACGAUAUCAACUCUUAAUCAAGGCCGAAGAUCCGGGAAAGUUGUCGAGCACGGCAACUGUAAACAUCAAAGUGACUGACAUAAACGACAAAAACCCGGAGUUUGAUGAAUCAUCCUUGCCUUAUACUUUUAAAGUCAAAGAAGGAUUAGUCAAUGCGACCGUCGGAAGAGUUCAUGCAACGGAUGCCGAUGAAGGAGUCAAUGCGGAAAUAUCCUAUUCACUACCGGGUGACAUACCAUUCAUGAUUGAUGAAAAAACCGGUGAGAUAAGAACGAAAAUAGCUCUCGACUACGAAACCCAGAAGGAAUACCAAUUUACUGUGACCGCCAGAGAUGGUGCUCCGGACCCACGUUUGGCCACUGCCUCGGUUACCGUCAGCGUUUUGGAUCUACCUGACGAACUACCAAUUUUCAAACAAACUGAAUAUACGGCUGUUGUUGCUGAAAAUUUACCAAAUCAUCUAGUGGCCACAGUUCAUGCUGAAGAUCCGGACACCAAGAAAGAAAUAACAUACACCAUAAGACAGGGUCCUGCCGAAUUAUUCACCAUAGACCCUGUCACAGGAGACAUACGAACAACUCGCGGAUUGGACUAUGAAGAAGACACCAGCUACGAACUGAUCGUAGGGACUGUGGAAAACAAGGGAAAUUCUCCGGGUGCAACGGCACGAAUAUUCGUUACUGUGGAGGAUGUGAACGAUAUUCCACCAGUAUUCAGUACCAUACCCGAUGUUCAAGUUUUGAACGACAACUCACCAAUAGGACUUUUGGUGACGACUCUUCGAGCUACUGAUGGAGACAGCACGUCUCCUAAUAACAAAGUUCGCUUUGAAUUAAUAGGGCGUGGACAAGCUGCCAAAUAUUUUGUACUGGACCCAUAUAGUGGGGCUUUACGAGUACGCGAUGACCUCAGUAAAAGUGCCGAGGAUCAAUAUUAUAUCGACGUCAAGGUUUAUGAUUUGGGAGAGCCGCAACUUUCCAGCUCGAUGACACUAUCAGUAGAGAUAAAUCGUGUUGGAAGUGAGACCACAGAACCUGGUGCUGGUUUUGCAGACGACACAUUUUCAGUAGAAGUCGAGGAAGAUACGCCACCAAGAUCAUUUUUGAAAAGGUUGUCAGUUAUUGGAGCCAGACAGACCGAUGAUGAGACACCCGUUACUUGUCGAAUACAGAAAGGAAAUGAAUUGGGAUUGUUCUACAUCAAUGCGACGGACAGUCAGACAUGUUCUUUAUAUACCAACGAAACCGAAUUGGACUACGAGACCGCAAAGGAGCACAUCCUGCAUGUCGUAAUGGAAUCACGUGUAGUCAAGAUCAAUCCAGCGAAGAAAACUUGUAUUGUUAAAGUUUUGGUGACUGAUGAAAAUGAUAACAAACCGACGUUUAUGUAUCCGGAAAAAGGUCCAAAGUAUUACGCAGCCAUCCCUAAUGAUUCACCUUGGGACACCUCAGUAUUACACGUGCAGGCUACGGAUAAAGACAGCGGCCAGUAUGGUAAAAUCGAGUACGACUUAUUGCAAAACGAUAUCGCUGAUCAGUUUUUUGCAAUUGAUAAAUUAACUGGAUUAAUCAAAACACAGAAGACAUUUGAAGAUGUAUCAGAUAAUGACUUACCAUUCAGGUUUGUUAUCCAAGCCAGAGAUAACCCAGGAGAAACCAGUAACUACAACAAAGCCGAAGCAAAAGUAGUGGUCAACUUGAUAUCAGAUAAGAAUCGCAUGAUAUUAGUGUUUGCUGAUGCCAGGCCGGAUGCCAUGCGCGGAAAAGAAGCAUUAAUCGCCGCAGCAAUGCGGGAUCAAUCAGGCCUAAUGGUGGCGGUGGAAAAAUUGGCAGCACGACAACAUAUUGUCGAUGGAGUUUUGGAAACGGAUCCAACUGCUACAGAUGUAUGGUUUUAUGCUGUCGAUCCCCACACCGAUCGUAUUUUGGAGAGAAACUCUAGCAGAAUUCAAAGGUCAAUCUUGGAGGCCCGAGCACAAUCUAAUUUAACGUUUUUGGUAUCUGGCGUUGCUCAGGCUACGGCCAAAGAAAUUCACGACCCAGUGUCUCCUAAUCCGCGGGUUGUGACUGCUAUUGCCGUUGGAUCUCAACUAUUUCCCUACGCCCUUAUUACUGUGGCUUGCGUUAUUUUUGUACUGGGAGUUGCUGGUAUAAUUUAUAUAUGCGUUUCGUGGAACAAAUACAAGAAUUUCAAGCAACGAAUGCAGCGCCAAUAUACUGCGCCGUCAAGUCCUACGCGCUACGACCAAGUUGGCAGUGGCGGUGGAGGCAGUGCAAUUGGCGGUACCAACACGUUGGAUGCAAGUCUAAAGGAAUAUGAAACUCAAGUAUUGAACAUGACUGUUCCACAGGACGACAACGAUAGUUACAGCAAUUUGCAAAUAGACUUUACUACGAAGAAUCAUGCUUUCAGUUUGGACAACGUCAGCUACAUCACUAAAGAUAACGGCAAUACUACUUGCCAACAAAGUCCAGCCAGCUCCGAAGCGGCAACGACGGCGCGCGCUUCAAGUGUAAUUGGCCAUCACAUGAAUACAAUCAACAGAAGCACCCUAAAUAGGAAUAAGAACCACUUGGCGGAUAACAUGAAUACGUUGAAUAAAAAUGCAAGAAACUCUACCCAUCAUAUGCCUUACGAAAAUUCACACGAUUUGCCGACAAUGAAUUCCAUGUACCAAGGAGACGACCACAUUCCUAAUGCGAGCAGCACUAAUGACAAUGUAACAUUUGGAAAACGAGAGUACGGGCACAUGGCUUAUUCUUACAUGAACGACAGGUCACCUGUCGAAACCACCACAGAGCUGUAG